AGCUCAGGCUGCCCAGGCUCCAUCCAUGGCCUUGGGCACCUCCAGGGAUGGGGCAUCCACAGGUCUCUGGCAACAUGUUCCAGCAACUCACCACCCUCAUCGUAAAGAAUUUCUUUCUGACAUCUAACUUAAAUCUCCCCUCUUUUAGUAUAAAACAAUUACCCUUUGUCCUAUGCUAUCAGGCAGUGUAAAACGUCAUUCUCCAUCCUGUUUAUAACCUCCCCUCAAUACUGGAUGGUCACAGUGAGGUCUCCCUAGAGCCUUCUCCAAGCUGAACCAUCUCCCUCAACCUUUCUUCAAAAGAGAGGUUCUCAAGCCCUUUGAGCAUCUUUGUGGCCCUCCUCUGGAGCUGCUCCAACAGCUCCGCAUCCUUCUUGUGCUGGGGCCCUCAGGCCUGGAUGCAGUGCUCCAGAUGGGGCCUCAUGAGGGCAGAGCAGAGGGAGAUAAUCCCCUCCCUGCCACUGCCACCCCUUGGUUGAUGCAGCCCAGGAUGCUGUUGGCCUUCCUGGCUGCAAAUGCACACUCAUAUUGAGCUUUUAUCUACCAGGACCCCAGAGUCUUUCCAUCAGGGCUGCUCUCAGUGAGUUCUUCUCCCAGUCUGUACACACACUGGUGAUUACUCCAACCCAACACCCUGCACUUGGCCUUGUUGAACCUCAUUACAUUCACACAGGACUACUUUUCGAGCCUGUCCACGUCCCUUUGAUGACAUCCCUUCCUUCUGUUCUAUCAGCUGCACCAUUCAGCUUGGUGUCAACUGCAAACUGCUAAGGGUGCACUCAGUCCCACUUCCUGUGUUGCUGAUAAAGAUGUUGAAGUGCACUGGUCCCAGACACCGCUUGUAGGCCGUUGUGGGACACUGCUUGUCACCACCUCCACCUGGGCACAGAGCACUGACCGCAACAAUCCGGCUGCGACCUUCCGACCAAUUCUUUAUCCAUAGAACAGUCCACUUUUCAAACCCAUACCUCUCCAAUUUAGAGAUAAGAAUGGGAUGUGGGGCCAUGUCAAAGGCCUUGCACAAGUCCAGGUAGAUGACAUCAGCUGCCCUUCCUUUGUCUACUGAUGUGGUCACUCCAUCAUAGAAGGCCACCGGAUGGGUCAGGCAAGACCUGCCCUUUGUGAAGCCAUUCUGGCAGCCUCAGAUCACCUCGUCAUCUUGCAUGUGCCUUAACACAGCUCCCAGGUGCUCCAUUUCAAAGGUCUCAGCAUCCCCAUGCUACCUCCUGCCGACAUUUCCACCUGGGUCCCCAGCCUCAGCUCUCCGCCGACUUCACCCUGCCUCACGCAGUGCAGCCCCAGCCGGGGCUGACCCCACACAUGGCCCCUGCACACCAGCAUAGCGGUCCCCUGCACCAGUCCCUGGCUCCAGUGCCAGCCCUCCCUUUCCAAGAUGUGGCCGGACCAUCCUUCCUACCUCAGGCGCUACACCAGCAAUACCUCCUCCAGCAGCAGCUCCUUGAGGCCCAGCACCGUCGACUCAUGCCCCAUCCCAGGCGGGCUCAGGAGCGCAUGUCCGUUCAGCCUCACCGUCUGCACCCCAGCUUUGAUUUCAGCCACCAACUGCAAACCCCACAGCCCAUGGCACCCCAGCCCAGGUACUUGGCCGAAGGCACAGACUGGGACCUCAGUGUUGAUGCAGGACUGACUCACACCCAGUUCCAGGUCCGGCCGGUCCCCCAGCCCUAUCAGCAUUACUUAGCUACACCUCGGGUGCAUCACUUCCCCAGGAGCACAUCCUCAACACAGAUGGUUGUUCAUGAAAUCAGAAAUUACCCUUAUCCUCAGCUCCAGUUACUUGCUCUUCAGGGACUGAACCCAAGCAGGCACACAUCAGCUGUGCGGGAGAGCUAUGAAGAGCUGCUGCAGCUGGAGGACAGGCUGGGCAGUGUGAGCCGGGGGGCUGUCCAGAACACCAUCGAGAGAUUCACCUUCCCCCACAAGUACAAGAAGAGAAGACCACAGGAGGGUAAAGCUGAGCAAGAGGAUGGAGAGGAGUCAGACACUGAUGAGAAAUGCACAAUCUGUCUGUCCAUGCUUGAAGAUGGAGAAGAUGUCAGGAGAUUGCCCUGCAUGCAUCUCUUCCACCAAGUGUGCGUGGACCAGUGGCUGGCCACCAGCAAGAAGUGCCCGAUCUGCAGGGUGGACAUUGAAACACAGCUCGGCUCGGACAGCUGAAAGAACUGGCUGGACACACCAUUUUCCUUAUCAGGUCGUACGGCCAUAAUCCCUUGCAGCAAAAUUUUUUGCCUUCUGAGCCAUUUGAUUGAGAGGAAAAGUCUGCAGGCACAUUAGAGAGGCAGAGGAGGAGGUGUCAGUACAAUAUCUAGCAGUAGGAGAUAUUGCACAUGAGCAGGAUACGGGCCCGGUGAAAGGGAGCUGGCAUUCCCGGAGCUCAGAGACCCCAUGCUACAGAAGAUUUAGUGUUGAACAUGAAGGAACUAGUUGUGGUAGUCUGGCCUGUCAAUCCUGCAUUUCAUGAGGAUUGUAUAUAUACCUCUCGAAUUCGUAGAAACAUGUUAUAGGGGUCCUUUAGCUAUUUCUAUGGAUGGCAGCUGGAGCAUGUUAGCUUAAGAAAUGUUGUGUUUGAUGCCCUACUCAUCUUGUGGUGGACAUGUUGCUGUUACCUAAUUUGCACCAAAUAUUUUUUCAUAGAUUCCUUAUGUUGGUGCCUGAUUAAUACAUUGCAAAAGGGGAAUGCAGAGGUCAAGCUUUCCCACCCGUGGGGGGAAGAGGCAAAAAAGCAAAAUCCUGUUUACAAUCAGAAGGGUUGUGCUCUUUGCCUCAGCCAUGCGUGUUUCCUUUCCUUGCGUUUACAGUGUUGCAAUUUUAGGGACGCUUACAAUAUAUUUAAAAAAAAAAAAGAGAGAAAGAAACGACAAACAAAUUGGAAAUGAAAUGGACAAAGCCAUAAGGAGAGGCUUUGUUCCUGCUGUUCUGCUGCUGCUGAAUGCUUUCUGUAGGGGCACAGUGUUGAGGUGGAUGCUUUCUUUGCUCUUUGUGUAGCUCAGCAUGCUGAAAUCCAUGGUAGGCUGUGGGCUAUCUCCAUGAUCUCUGUUCUUCAUAGUGAAUUAUCUUACCAAUAUGGUGAGCUGGAAGAUGGUUGACUUCAGAGCACACCAUGGCUCAAGUUUCCCCGGGGCUGGACAUCUCCUGUGAUUUAGGGUAUAGCUUCUCAGAAACAUCGUGACAGGACAAAGGAAAACGGUUUCAAACUGAAAAAGGGGAGAUUAAACUGGAUAUAAGGAAGAAGUUUUUUACACUAGGGGCAGUGAGGCAGUGGCGCUGGUUGC